ACAAUCUCUGUAAAGUGUUUAACACCUAAAAGCCACGAGAAAGUAUGUUGGCACCCCAAGCAAAGUGGGCCCUGUACAGUCUCCGCGUUACUGAACGUGCGCACAGCUGAGUCGCCCCAGGUGGAAGUAGUCCAUAUAAAGUAGGCCUCCGGAAAGUCCCGCCCACUCCGCGCCGGGCGUGGAGUAAGGCUUGACUCCACCCACUCCAAGAACGCAGCCCUGUGAUUGGCCAUGACGCAUCCUAGAGCUGCGCAAUUGCGUACGAGCAGCUACUCUCGCGUUUCUUUGUUUGCGGGAGGAACAUGGCGGAUCGGCUCACGCAGUUGCAGGACGCCGUGAACUCGCUUGCAGAUCAGUUUUGUAAUGCCAUUGGAGUGUUGCAGCAGUGUGGUCCUCCUGCCUCUUUUAGUAAUAUUCAGACAGCCAUUAACAAAGAUCAGCCAGCUAAUCCUACAGAAGAAUAUGCCCAGCUUUUUGCAGCGUUGAUUGCACGAACAGCAAAAGAUAUUGAUGUUUUGAUAGAUUCCUUACCCAGUGAAGAAUCUACAGCUGCUUUACAGGCUGCAAGCUUGUAUAAGCUGGAAGAAGAAAAUCACGAAGCUGCUACGUGUCUGGAGGAUGUUGUUUAUCGAGGGGACAUGCUUCUGGAAAAGAUACAGAGCGCACUUGCUGAUAUUGCACAGUCCCAGCUGAAGACAAGAAGUGGCACCCAUAGCCAGUCUCUUCCAGACUCAUAGCACAGUGUAUAUAUACCGUGCGUGCGGCUGAGAAAAGAACUGUUUCAAUGCCAUUGAGAAUUCUGCAUCAGAUUUAGAUGGAAGCCUUACCAACAGUUACAGAAACGUUAAGCACUAUGACACAUGUUAUCUUCUUAGCUAUUUUAAAUAGUCUUCUGUUUUCACUCUUAAUAAUAAGCUUGUAAAAUCGUGAUUGAACCAGCUUUAAACUGUCAUUAUGCCAUUUUUUAUAAUUGUUAUCUGGGUUAAAUUAUUGAGGCAGAUAUUGCAUUAAUGGUCAUAAUAUAAUUAAACAGAUGUACUAUAAAAUUC